AUGUCUGAAACUCAACAACAACCCACCGAACAAGUUCAAGUUCCCGCUGUUGACGCCACAGCCGCCGCCGGUGUCGUUCCCGAAGUCACCCCUGCUGCUACUGAAGGUACACAAGCUCAAGAAGCUCCCAAAGCCGAUGAAGCUGGUAAGGGAUUCUCUAAAUCUGUAUAUCCUGUAUCUAAUGUUCGAGAGGUGAAGAACUGA